AUGACAGUCCAAGCCGUCCUAGCCGUUCGACCUCGCGUGCAUGUCUUAGGGCUAGGGAGCAUAGGCACGUUUGCUGCCCACUCAUUGGCAGAGGUGCCACCCCCUUUGACCCCAUCAGUCACGUUGUUAUUGCAUCGAGCGUCUUUGGUCAAGGAUUUCGUCCGGAACGGCUCCCAAAUAACCUUGACUACUCGAGAGGGUGCAACGGUAAAUAAUGGCAACUACAGAUUGGAAGUACUACAAAAUGGUGAAUGGCAUCAAGUUCUUUCUACGUCACGGGAACCGAUGCCGUCGAACACCACCGUCCGGACCGAUAUUAUCGACCACCUCAUCGUUUCAGUCAAGGCACCCCAAACGGCAUCAGCAUUGGAACCACUCAAACAUAGACUGAAAGCUUCGUCAAACAUACUGUUCUUGCAAAAUGGAUCUGGCAUGAUUGAGCAGGUCAAUGAGCAGGUCUUCACAGACGAAAAGACCCGGCCAAACUAUAUCACAGGAGUCACCUCACACGGCGUCACACUCAACGCUCCAUUCAACAUUACGCACACUGGAUUUGCUGCUACGUCCUUAGGCAUGGUCCCUCGAACUUCAGAUACUAAUGGCCACUCACUGAGAACACCUUUGUCAUCCUACCUUCUGGAAGCCCUUCCUCUUGUACCAAGACUCAACGCCACAGAAUACAACUUCCUCGAUGUUUUCCAGAUUCAACUGGAAAAGCUAGCAGUCAACGCAUUUUGUAACCCUCUUUGUGCGUUGAGCGAUGCAAAGAAUGGGUACUUAUUUAGCAUCCCAGAGACGCGUCGUGCUCUGUUAUCCGAAAUUUCUCGAGUUAUCUAUGCCCUUCCGGAGUUGCAUGAAGUACCUAGACUUUCAGAGCGGUUCUCCGCAGAAAGACUGGAGAUAACUGUAAAUGGCAUCAUUCAGAAAACAGCUGAAACAACAUGCUCGAUGGUUGUAGAUUUGAGAAAGGGGCAGAAGACAGAGAUUCAGUUUAUCAAUGGGUAUUGGUGUCGAAGAGGGAGGGAGGUUAGGGUGCCGACGCCUAUCAACGACGACCUAGUGCGGCAGAUUCUCGAGCGACAGGGAGAUAAGAAGCUGAUUUGCGAGUAUCAGUAG